UGACCCAACUACGGUUCACAAGCAGUAUAUAUUAACCUUGGCAUGCAUAUCCAUGGCGAUCAUGACAGCGCCACUUCACAGACUGAGCUACACUCUUCCUCAAAACUCAACGAAAUGAUGAUGAUGAUGAUCCCUCGCUCAAAUCCGACCGUUCAGAUCCCUAAUUGGGAUCCCUAUCUCGACGAUUCCAAUCCGACGCCUCACAUUCACGGCGAUGUUACUCAAUACGACGUCGCCCUAGCCGCGCUGCAGCGCUACCUGCCUUCGAAUAAGGAGGAUCGCUCCGCCGCGGCGGAGGACGACGAGGAUUUCGAUUUUCCGGUGGACGCCUACUCGUGCGACGAGUUCCGGAUGUUCGAUUUCAAGGUGAAGCGGUGCGCGCGCGCGCGGUCGCACGACUGGACGGAGUGCCCGUUCGCUCACCCCGGGGAGAAGGCGCGGCGGCGGGAUCCGCGGCGGCACCACUACUCCGGCACCGCGUGCCCUGACUUCCGCCGGGGCGCGUGCCGGAAGGGGGACGCGUGCGAGCACGCGCACGGCGUGUUCGAGUGCUGGCUCCACCCCGCGCGCUACCGGACGCAGCCGUGCAAGGACGGCACGCACUGCCGCCGCCGCGUCUGCUUCUUCGCCCACACGCCGGAGCAGCUCCGGAUCCUUCCGUACAGCGAGGAAUCGGCGCCGAACGGAGCUUCUCCUAGGUCGCCGUCGCAGUACUCUCCGCCGUCGUCUCCGAUUGCGGCAUCGCCGCCGGCUUCUCCGAUGAGUCAACUCGCGGAAUCGAUGCGGGGUAUGCAGAUCAAUAAGAUGAAAUUAGGGCUUGGAAUGGGAAUGGGGGUGAAUUUGGGGAUGGGAUUGAGCAUGAGCCCGCCGUCUUGGGGGGGCGGGUACGGGUCUCCGUGCAGCCCGGCGAAGAUCCGACCCGGAUUCAGGAGCCUUCCCGCGACUCCGGCCCGAGCCAUGGCCCGCAACGCGUUUGAUCUGUGGGAGAGUUCGUGUGAGGAGGAGCCGGCGAUGGAGCGGGUCGAGUCGGGUCGGGCGCUCCGUGAGAGGAUCUACUCGAAGCUCGGGAAAGAGAACUCGUUGGAUCGGGUCGGGCAGGGCGAGUCCACGGGUUCUGCACCAGAUCUCGGGUGGGUUUCGGAGCUUGUUAAGUGAACAUCAUCGGGUCGGGUGGUUAUUUGGAUCGGGCAGCCUUUAUCGUUUGAUUCAGUUUUCUGACUGUAAAUAUUCUUCAUUUUCUGACUCAUUGAAUAUGGUCCGCUUUGUAGAUAUGGGUUUUAGGCCGGGUCGGGUAAUUAGGUUACGGGUUGAUUAUGAUGUUUAUUUUGUGGUUAAUUUGGAUUGAUUUGGGUUUUUAUGGGGCCGAAAAGAUAUUAUAUGGGGAAAAUGCAUUUGCAAAUUUUGUAAUUCUGUGUAUUCAAAUUUGAGGCUAAAUCUUCUUUACCUUUGUUUA